AGAAUGCCGAUCACAGCUGUUCAUGCUCGUCAAAUCUACGAUUCACGUGGAAAUCCAACAGUGGAGGUAGAUUUAACCACUGAUAAAGGAGUGCAUGAAGCACUGGAGUUGAGAGAUAAGGACAAGGCUGUGCAUCAUGGAAAGGGUGUUUUGAAGGCUGUGACCAAUGUGAAUGAAGUGAUCGGUCCUGCAAUUGUGAAGAAGGCUGCGAAAUUGGGUGCAAACGCAAUACUGGGAGUGUCGAUGGCCGUUACGAAAGCUGGUGCUGUGCACAAGGGAAUGCCUUUGUACAAGUAUAUUGCCGAAUUGGCUGGUAUCUCGAAAAUCAUUUUGCCUGUGCCCGCAAUGAACGUCAUCAACGGUGGAUCACAUGCUGGCAAUAAGUUGGCUAUGCAGGUGAGUGGAUGA